CCCUCCCCGCCAGGCUGGAGGCUGCUCGGGACCCGGACGCAGAGUCCGCGGACCCGGCUGCGAGGCGGCCACCCGAGACGCGGCGCGCACGCUCCGGCCCGCGCCCGGCCCGGCCAUGGCGGCCCCCCGCCCGCCUCCCGCGAUCUCCGUGUCGGUCUCCGCUCCGGCUUUUUACGCCCCGCAGAAGAAGUUCGGCCCGGUGGUGGCCCCAAAGCCCAAAGUGAAUCCUUUCCGGCCCGGGGAUAGCGAGCCUCCCCCGGCCGCCGGGGCCCAGCGGGCGCAGAUGGGCCGGGUGGGCGAGAUCCCCCCGCCGCCCGCGGAAGACUUUCCCCCGCCACCCCCUCCCAUCCUUGGGGAUGGCGACGACUCGGAGGGCGCUCUGGGAGGUGCCUUCCCACCUCCCCCUCCCCCUAUCGAGGAACCGUUUCCCCCUGCGCCUCUGGAGGAGGAGAUCUUCCCUUCCCCACCGCCUCCACUGGAGGAGGAGGGAGGGCCUGAGGCCGCCAUACCUCCCCCCCCACAGCCCAGGGAGAAGGUGAGCAGUAUUGAUUUGGAGAUCGACUCUCUGUCCUCACUGCUGGAUGACAUGACCAGGAAUGAUCCCUUCAAAGCCCGGGUGUCAUCUGGAUAUGUACCCCCACCAGUCGCUACUCCAUACAUUCCCAAGUCCAAUACUAAGCCUGCAACUGGGGGCACAGCACCCCUGCCUCCUUGGAAGUCCCCUUCUAGCUCCCAGCCUCUGCCCCAGGCUCAGGCUCAGCCUCUGAGCCAGACCCAGUUCCACGUGCAGCCCCAGGUCAAGCCUCAGGUCCAGCUUCACGUGCAGCCCCAGCCCCAGCCCCAGGCCCAGCCCCAGCCCCAGCCUGUGCCUUUCGCGAACACCCAGCCUCGAGGACCCCCAGCCCCAUCACCGGCCCCAAAGUUUUCUCCAGUGGCUUCCAAGUUUACUCCUGUGGCUUCCAAGUUCAGCCCUGGAGCCCCAGGUGGACCUGGGUCACAGCCUAAUCAGAAGUUGGGGUCCCCUGAAGCUCCCUCUUCCAGUAGCACAGGCUCCCCUCAGUCCCCCAGCUUCACCUAUGCUCAGCAGAAGGAGAAGCCCCGAGUGCAGGAGAAGCAGCAUCCAGUGGCCCCACCAGCGCAAAGCCACAAUCAGGUCCGCUCCCCUGGGGCCCCGGGACCUCUGACUCUGAAGGAGGUGGAGGAGCUGGAGCAGCUGACCCAGCAGCUGAUGCAGGACAUGGAGCACCCUCAGAGGCAGAACGUGGCUGUCAACGAGUCCUGUGGCCGGUGUCAUCAGCCCCUGGCACGCACGCAGCCUGCAGUUCGGGCUCUGGGGCAGUUGUUCCACAUCACCUGCUUUACCUGCCACCAGUGUGAGCAGCAGCUGCAGGGACAGCAGUUCUACAGCCUGGAGGGGGCGCCCUACUGUGAGGGCUGCUACACCGACACCCUGGAGAAGUGCAACACCUGCGGGCAGCCCAUCACUGACCGCAUGCUGAGGGCCACCGGCAAAGCCUACCACCCGCAGUGCUUCACCUGUGUGGUCUGCUCCUGCCCGCUGGAGGGCACCUCCUUCAUUGUGGAUCAGGCCAACCGGCCCCACUGUGUACCCGACUACCACAAGCAGUACGCCCCCAGGUGCUCGGUCUGCGAAGGGCCCAUCAUGCCUGAGCCUGGCCGCGAGGAGACCGUGCGAGUGGUCGCUCUGGAUAAGAACUUCCACAUGAAGUGCUACAAGUGUGAGGACUGCGGGAAGCCACUGUCCAUUGAGGCGGAUGACAACGGCUGCUUCCCCCUGGAUGGCCACGUGCUCUGCCGGAAGUGCCACACUGCCAGAGCCCAGACCUGAGUGGGCACCGGCGAGUCCGUUCCUUCCCCAUUAGCGGACCAUCCACACUGAGACCACCCUGCCCUCCACCUGCCCUGCCCCCCUUCAGUUAUCUUCUGAUGUUCAGCCUCUCCUUCCACACCAGCCCCUGCCCCGUAUCCCAGGUGUCCUGUGCAAAGCCCC